AUGGCACAGGGUUCCUACAAAUGGAUUAUAGUCUAUCAAGACCACCUCACCAAAUUUUGUGUCCUGCGUCCGCUAUCGUCGAAACGUGCAGCAGAAGUGGCACAUCAUCUCACUGACAUAUUUCUCUUGUUCGGAGCUCCGUACAUAUUACAGAGUGAUAAUGGGUCAGUGUUCACAGCCAAAGUGAUCAGUGAGCUGAAAAUCAUCUGGCCCAAACUUGUCCUCGUUCAUGGAAAGCCUCGACAUCCACAGAGCCAAGGAUCCGCGGAAAGAGCAAACGGUGACAUCAAAGAUAUGCUGGUUGCAUGGGUGGGAAACAACACCAUAUUUUGGAACACUGGAAUCAAGUUUGUCCAAUUCCAGAAGAAUUCCAGCUUGCAUGCAGGUAUUCGCAGAUCACCCUAUGCAGCCAUGUUUGGAUGUGAAGCCAAAGUGGUCCUGACAUUGUCCUCGCUGCCUGAUGAGGUAAUUCAAAGGAUGCAGUGUGAGGAUGAUCUGUUAGCUGUACUCACCACCGGCCAAAACGGAGAGGAACCAGGUCCUGUUCCCAGUGCUGAAUCAGCCGAAUUUCACUUUGAUACAGAACGUCCCAGUCCUCCUUCAGUAUUCCCCAACACCCCGGUACCCAUCUGA